CGCGGCCAUCGACGUGCUUGCAGCGGAUAGAUAGCACACAGCGAAAGCAGCCUCUAAACCAAUCGCUCGGCAGUGAUCGCACAGUCAACAGGUCGUGCAUUUGCUGCCACGCAGAGCACAGAGAGCACACUCAGACAGACAGCUUGUUGAGAGCUGUCGUGCAUAUAUGCUAUAUAUGUACCUGCUGACGGCGGCCGCCUGCCGCGCCCGGGGCCUGGCGGCGGCCCGCUCCAUCUCCAGGCGCAGUGUACGACUGCGCGCCGGAUCCACAAAAACACUCGACGCUUUGAGGGAAGAGCUCGACAAGAAUAAUGUGGACGCGUUUGUCAUCCCGAGCGACGACCCGCACCUCAGCGAAUACGUCGCGCCGUGUUUCGAGAGGAGGGCCUUCGCGAGCGGCUUCACUGGAAGUGCCGGUACGGCCGUUGUGCUCAAGGACCGCGCAUUGUGCUGGACGGAUGGGAGGUACUGGCUGCAAGCCUCCCAACAACUCGGGGAAGGCUGGGAACUGGUCAAGGCCGGCGCGCCGGGCGUCGACGGCAUCGCGGCCUGGUUCGGCACCGACGAAGCAUCAGAAGUAGAAACGGUCGGCAUCGACGCGCGCGUGACGGCAUCAAGCUUCGCUUCGUCGCUGGAGGAGCACGUUCAGGUGAGGCACCUCGACGAAAAUCCCGUCGACAAGGUCUGGGCCGACCGGCCGGCGAUGCCCUCGUCGAUGCUGCGGCUGCAUCCUUUGGAGUUCGCCGGUGAAAGUGUUGAGUCGAAGCUAGGGAGGGUGCGCACUGCCGUUCAAGAGCUGGGCGCCUCGGGUCUAGUCAUUAGUGCGUUAGAUGAGGUCUGCUGGCUGUUCAAUGUGAGGGGCGGCGACGUGGCCUGCAAUCCAGUGGCUCUGGCGUACGCUUAUAUAGACCACGACACCGCGACGUUAUUCGUCGACGAGGCUAAGGUACCAAAGGACGUACAUGAAGCGCUGCAAGCGGCGAGUGUGGAUAUAAGAGACUACGACCGCGCGCUACCUUUCUUGAGAGCCGCGGCGGCGGAAGCCACGGUCUGCGUCGAUCCAUCGAGGUGCUCCGCGGCUGUGGUGGAUGCGAUUCCCGAGCCCAACCGUAUUAAUGAACAGUGCCCCGUCGCCGAUUUCAAGGCGGUGAAGAAUGAGGGCGAGUUACGAGGGAUGCGCGCGGCCCAUGUGAGGGACGGCGCGGCCGUUGCGCGGGCCUUUGCUCGGCUGGAAAAACGGGUCGUGAGCGGUGAGGCGACGUCGGAGCUCGACGUCGACGCUCUAUUGAUAGAGGAGCGGUCGCGAGAUCCCACGUUCAUCGAACCUUCAUUUCCAACCAUAGCAGGCGCGGGCGGCAACGGCGCCCUGAUUCAUGGUUCGCCGUCCGACUCGCCGGUGACGACCUCCACCCUACUCUUAGUGGACUCGGGCGGCCAAUAUUCCGACGGCACGACGGACGCGACGCGGACGAUGCACUUUGGCAGACCGACCGAGGAAGAGAAGCGCGCAUUUACGGCUGUUCUGAAGGGCCACAUCGGAUUGGACGUAGCAAUCUUCCCCGAGAGUACCAUAGGGUUCGUCUUAGAUGCGUUUGCGCGGAAGGCCCUGUGGGCCUGCGGUUUGGAUUACGGCCACGGCACGGGGCAUGGGGUCGGUGCUGCUUUAAAUGUGCACGAGGGGCCCAUCUCCGUGAGUCCGCGCUUCGGGAACACGAAUAUAAUCAAGGCGGGCAUGGUGUUGAGUAACGAGCCGGGCUACUACCAGGCUGAAUGCUUCGGCGUGCGCAUCGAGAAUUUACUGGCCGUUGAGAAGGCUGAGGUAGCAAAGGUGCCGGACGGCAAGGCAUUUCUCAAGUUCUCUUAUUUAACACUCAUCCCCAUCGACGCGACUUGUAUUGAUGUCACAAUGCUCGACGCGGCCGAAAGACAGUGGGUCGACGCGUACCACGCGGACGUGCGCGCGCAGCUGGCUCCCUUGUUAGAGGGGCAGGCGCUCGACUGGCUCGUGCGGAAGACGGAGCCGCUCUAAUUGUUACAUUUGU